AUGGAGACGACGAACAGGACAUCUCCGGGUCACCGGUGUCCCACCCCGGAAAAUACUAGUGAUGAUGGAGAUUCCGACAAUCUUCAUGUCGAGCCGUUCCAGGAGGAUACUAGUCUGUCUCCAACAUCUCAUCCCACUUCUCAUGGAUCUUUAAACAAAAAUAAGAAAACAAAACAGACUCAAAAGAACAAACCAACAACUGAGGCACAGGCACCAACUAUGCCAAUAUCAUUUUCUAUGGCAGACAUUUUAGAUCCUAAGAAAUUUACAGGCUGUCCCGUGACGGGAAAGGGACAAGUUUGGAGUCCGUGGAAGGAUCAUUCCGCUCGGGAUUCUGAGGGAAACGAUUCCGCGUUGGAAGAAGAACAGUCCGAUCUUGCAGGAUCUCACACAAGCCACAGAAUUGGAUCAAAAGAUGAAAGAAUUGACGUCGAUACAGAUGAUAACUCUCUGUUAGAUGAUACGGAUGAUAUGGACAAUGAUAUUGGUGAAAGCGACAGCGAAAAGGACGAUAAAAGGUGUAAAAAUGGAUUCGAUUCAUCAAAAUCUGCUGGAAAACCCAGACGUGCGCGCACGGCAUUUACAUACGAACAACUUGUAGCAUUAGAAAACAAAUUUAAGACCACUAGAUAUUUAUCUGUGUGUGAGAGACUUAACCUGGCAUUAUCUCUGAACCUCACUGAAACGCAGGUAAAAAUUUGGUUUCAAAACAGAAGAACGAAAUGGAAGAAGCAAAACCCAGGAAUGGAUGUAAAUAGUCCUACGAUUCCUCCAACGCCCUCCAGUUUAUCAUCGUUUACCUCCCCUUAUUCUUCAAGCAUGCUUUAUGGACACCCUUACCUGCCUAGUCACAAUAUCAUGGGCGCUCUGGGACUUUUGAGAGCACACCCUGCAUACUCUGGACAGAACCAUCCUGUUUACUACCCAUACUUUAGUCAGAGUACGUAG